GCUCCUCAACUUUGCAACUUCCGAUCUCGAAGUCCAUCUCGUCGUCGACCGGCUCGCCAUGGAUUACGUCCCAGCGACGACAUCAGCAUCCGUGCCCAACCAAGGGCCAUCAACAUCCAAAGCUGGGCCCAGUUCAGAAGCCCUGUACUGGCGUCGUUUCCGCAAUCCGACUUUCAUCAAGGAAUACGCCCCAAUCUCACAUAUCGCCUUCGUUCCUGCGCCGAAUGCAUUCACGGCUGCUGCGCUCGAGAGCUCUAGUGAUCCCAAUGGCAGCAGCAGCGUGACUUCACGUCCAGCCGGAGCAGGAUACCAGGCUACAAAUCAGGCAAGGGCAAGAUUCGCCGUAACGACUGGACCGAGGGUGCAGAUCUACUCUGCGAGGACAAAUCGUGUGCUCAAAACCAUCACGCGAUUCAGUGAUGUGGCAAGAAGCGCGGAGAUCAGGGCUGAUGGAAGGUUGAUCGUUGCUGCCGAUGACGGAGGCAAAGUACAGGUCUUCGACGUCAACUCCCGAGCAAUCCUGCGCUCCUUCAGUGCACAUCGCCUGGCAGCGCACGUAGCGCACUUCUCCCCCAACCCCACAACAAUCCUUUCAGCAUCAGAUGACGCAACCGUUCAACUUCACGACAUCCCAUCAACCACGACGCUGCGCACCUUCACUGGGCACGACGACUAUGUUCGUACUGCCUUGGUCUCGCCAGACAAUCCAGACUUGGUCCUCUCGGGAUCAUACGACCAGACGGUGCGCCUCUGGGACGCGCGAGUGCAGGAAAAGGGAGGCGAGGUCAUGCGAAUGAGACAUGGGGCGCCGGUAGAGAGUUGCUUAGUAUACCCAACAGGCGGAGGAGGGGUGGCCGUAUCCGCUGGUGGUCCGGUGGUACGAGCUUGGGACCUCAUGAUGGGCGGGCGUGGUCUCAAAGCCGUCUCCAAUCACCAAAAGACGAUCACUAGCCUCGCCCUCUCGAUGAGCACAGGCGCAGAGGGGCCGGAUGUGGGGGCGAGCGGUGGUGGCAUGCGUCUGCUCUCAGCGGGCGUGGACGGGCUAGUCAAGGUCUACGACCCAGCAAGAGAUUACACCGUCGUGCACACGAUGCGAUAUCCCUCGCCUAUCCUCAGCCUGGCCGUCAGCCCGGAAGAGCGCGAACUCGCAGUUGGCAUGGCAGACGGGACUCUCUGCGUUCGAAAGCGCGAGGUCAAGAAGGGAGAGGACGAGGCGCGGGCCUAUGCACGCAAGGCGAUCACGGGCGGAGGGGUCGAGGCCUUUGUCAUUAACAACAUGGAGGAGGGAGCCGGUGCUGCGGGUAUCGAUGCGGCUGCGAGGGAAGAAGCUGCAAGGAAGCGCUCCCUUCUCCUUUCAAGGGAUGACGUGAGAGCGGAGACGGUGAGAACAAGGCGACUCAAGCCGUACGAGUCGCUGCUCCGAUCGUUCCGCUACUCCGAAGCGAUUGACGCUUCGCUCGGCCCUGGAGUACCCGCUGCGGCUACCUUUGCUGUGCUUACGGAGCUCAAGAGGAGAGGCGCGCCUGAUGAUGUUGGUGGGAGGAGAGGAGCAGGUGGGGCUGCUGAUGGGCUAGCGAGAGGCCUGGCAGGCAGAGAUGACGUCGGGUUGGAGCCCGUGCUGCGCUUUCUGCUGAGGCAUGCGGCUAACCCGAUGUGGACGGAUAUCGUUGCUGAUGUGCUGGAGGUCGUACUUGACAUCUACUCGUCAACACUGGGCCUUUCGCCGUUGACCGACUCCCUUUUCUCGCGCCUAUGGGCAAAGCUGAGCGACGAGGUCAAGCUGCAGCGCCAAGUUGAGGGGGUGCGCGGUGGGCUUGAGAUGCUGCUCAACCGAAGUUUGAUCGGGAGGUGAGCAUGUGAUCUGCGGCUCGAAUGCAAAGCAUUGAAAAGCAAGGUACGCUGCGAGUGCGACUAGUAUCCUUCAGUCGCCGGAUGGAGACUGUUGGUGAGCCUCCGCCUGUGAUCGUCAA